AUGAAGGUGGCCGGGGAUGGGAUGGUCUCCUUGCUGCAACGAAUCUUGCGAGAAGAAGGUGUGAAGGGUCUCUACCGUGGUGUGGUUGUCAACGUGCAGCGCGCAGCAUUGGUGAACCUCGGAGAGUUGUCAACCUACGACCAGGCAAAGAAGUUGAUCCUCAAGCGCAGUGGUUUGGACGACGGAUUAGCCGUUCAUACUCUGAGUGCAUUCUGCAGUGGAUUUGUGGCGUCAAUUUGUGCCACCCCUGCCGACGUAGUCAAAAGCCGCGUCAUGGCAGGGCAGGCUCAUGGAGUCGUAGCGUGUGUUCGGAAAAUCGUUGGAGAAGAAGGUCUUUGGGCCUUAUGGAAAGGGUUCUUCCCAAACUGGGGACGCCUUGGGCCAUGGCAACUUGCGUUUUGGAUCACUUACGAACACACACGUCAAGCCAUGGGUUACGGCGGGUUCUGA